AUGCCGAUUACUACUCGCUCGACUGUCACUACAUCCCGUGGAGGGACCACCACUCAGCAUCAGGUCAUUCCCAUGUGGACGAUCAAACUGAUUACCGCGGUAAGUGGGGAAUCUUCAAAUACGAUCUAAACUUCAAAGUAAGAACACGGUCAGUCAAGAUCGUAUGUUCAAAAUUUACACCAGAUCAGAGUUUGUUCACUCGAAGAAAUUCAUCUUUUUAUACAGGGUGACAAAUAAAAAAUGCAACUUUUUUUCAUGGGUCCUGCCGCGAAAAUGUUUAGGUGUAGCGAAAUAUUUUUUAUACCAUUAAAUUCUCCGUGUUUUUCUGUCCUAGUCUUUUGAUUUUCAUGCCCAUAUCGAUUGAUUAUCAUCUUUGUAUUGAGUGUCAAACAGAGGGACCUCGAUUUUAAACCUGUCUCGGGAAGAAAAAGGACAGUGUGAGAUUGCUAAACUGCUCGGUGUAGGAAAAUCUGCUAUGCCAAAAGCCACCAAACGAAUCCACGAGCUUGGCCACGAUGUUAAGUGUCCAGGAAAUAGAAGAAAGCGCAUCUUGAAUACUUCUGGCAACUUUGAGAUCAUCAAAAAGCGAGUGAAGCAAAAUCUGAUGGUGUCCAUGAAAAAGAUUGCCCGGCAGACCGUCAUCAACACAACAGCUGGUCGAUGAAUGGCCAGUAAUGCACCAUAGCGCAAGCCUAACAAGCUCCAAAAGACCUAGCGCCUCACGGAACACUACAAGCAAGUACGGCUCAAAAAAUGUCGAAAACUCAAGCGUCGCGCCGCAGCUCAGCGAUGAGAGAAGGUCCUGUUCGCGGAUGAGAAGUAUUUCAACAUCGAGCAGGCCUACAACCACCAGAAUUGCAGGAGUUGGACUGUUGAGAGUCAAAAACCGUCCGCCAUUUUUGAACCCAGUAAAAAUCCGACCUCUCAUGGCCUGGGGCAAAGUCUUGCGCCAGCGGCGUGAUAUCCUUGGUUUUCCUUGGUUUUCUUGGAUAAAGGGGCCAGAACCAAACCGAUAAGUCUACCAGCGACAUUUUGUACACCAUCGUGAUUCCGUGGGCUCAGUAGCACUUUGGCGGUUCAAAACAGACACCGUAGCAUGAUUCCCCCAUCAGCUAUAAAGCAAAAAAGACGCAAGGCCAGGAAAGGACCUGUUUUCCCGAUUUUAUGUGGUCUGCGAAAUGGCCGUCUACUCGCUGGAUCUGAAUCCGGUGGACUAUGUUUUUUGUUGAGUUAGAAGCCAGGACCUCUAGUUCACGCCAAAAAAGUUUGGAGCCGCUAAUUGAUUGCUGCGGUAAGAACGGAACCGAUUUCCCCAAAAAAAGCUUCGGCGAAUCGGCCAAAAUUUAAAGUCACGUUUUGAGCUCUAUCUCGGGGCCAAGAACAGCCACCUUAAAACUGGUCGAGCAUACUAUUAACAAUGCUCUAUGUUACUGAUAUUCACCGUUACUUUGGUUAAGUUUGGUGUUUUAGACAAAAUAUGGCCAUAAAUAUGAGUUGCAUUUUUUCUUUGUCACCCUGUAUUAUACAUACAUGACAAGAAUACACUCCAUUUCAAAAUGAUAGACACGCCUAUAAAAUUUUCGAUUGCGGUGUCGGGGUUCAGUUGACGGAUACGAAACCUUAACAGGUUGAGAGAGGAGGUUUGAAAACCUACACCUACAAAUAAAUUUUCUCAUUGCACUGUAAUUGCACUUUACACAAAAGAUUUUCCGAAUUUUGGGUGUUUCAAAAUGAUAGACACGGUUGCUAUUUUUGCUAAAAACUUGGGAAUAUGGGCCCCAUAGUGCCUGAAAUUCUUAGUAUGACUGUAUUGCAACGGUCUGGACUUUACUGAGCUCAAAAAGCCCAAAUUUUUAUGCAAUUGUCCCGGAAUUGCACAUAUACCUCCAUUUUGUGCAAUCUGGCCUGCAUCUGUCAGAAGUCCACUUUCCAUGGGCACAGACAGUGCAGAUGCGACCUAUGGUAUGUAGUGGAGUAGAUCCAGUCAGUUUUCCCCAGUAUGCGACAAAAAAAUGCGUGGCAUUUGCAACAAAAACUGCUUCCGCUGCGACAUAGUCAGCUUUGAAGGCUACCCUACGUUUCGAAACAAGCUAGAUGCGAAGAAAAACUUCUAGGCUGGAAUGUUUAGGUUUUUGUAAAUACGUUUAGCACGGUAGCAUCUGCAGCAUUGCUUCAGCAGGUCCGCAGUGCACCAUUCUUUUGUGAAUCUGUGCAAAGUAGGCUUAAAAAUGGGUCAAAAAGGGCUUUUUGGAAACUUGACGUUUUCUGGCGUUGGCCCGACUGAGCCUGGACAUAUGGAUUAUGUAAUAACGUUUGUAUGUGGUUUUUCAAGAUAGUUCAGAGCUUUUUUGGUUGUGCAAACCACAGGCACCUGCUUGAGAAGCUUUAGAAGUGACGACUUUCGCUGCGGAAUCAGUUUUCGUUGCAAUUUCCGCGCAUUUUUGUGUUGCAUACUGGUGAAAACUGACUAGAUCUACUCCAUUACAUACCAUUGGUCGCAUCUGCACUGUCUGUGCCCACGGAAAGUGGACUUCUGACAGAUGCAGGCCAGAUUGCACCAAAUGGAGGUAUAUGUGCAAUUCCGGGACAAUUGCAUAAAAAUUUGGGCUUUUUGAGCUCAGUAAAGUCCAGACCGUUGCAAUACAGUCAUACUAAGAAUUUCAGGCACUAUGGGGCCCAUAUUCCCAAGUUUUUAGCAAAAAUAGCAACCGUGUCUAUCAUUUUUAAACACCCAAAAUUCGGAAAAUCUUUUGUGUAAAGUGCAAUUACAGUGCAAUGAGAAAAUUUAUUUGUAGGUGUAGGUUUUCAAACCUCCUCUCUCAACCUGUUAAGGUUUCGUAUCCGUCAACUGAACCCCGACACCGCAAUUGAAAAUUUUAUAGGCGUGUCUAUCAUUUUGAAAUGGAGUGUAAAGUCAUCAAAAGAUCUAUUCAAAACUGAAAUUUUAUUGCUAAUUAUGACCUAUGUACAUACCUGUAUAUACAUACAUCUUUAGAUUCUUUCGACCGUCGUCCUGGUCCUGGUGCUCCUCCAAUCGACCGGCCAAUGGCAACGGUAUACCAAGACUUACAUCUGCAUCACCCUCACCACUGGAUACCUCCUUGGCUGGUCCCUUCCCUCCGUUCUCAACCGAUUCCUCCCUUUCCACAAGGUCGAUGUCGCCCUCCACACCUUCAGCUGUGUGCUGGCCGUUCUGUCGCUGGUCUUGGCCGCGAUUUACCUGCUGGAUAACAGGGAUUACUCCAGAUCCGACGAUUACCGUUAUAUGAUUGGAAUCGCGAUUUGCAUUGGAGUGGAAGUCAUCCUGUUGUUCGUCCUGGUCUCCUGGGUCUGUUAUGGAAACUACACCAUCGUCGACACUCGCUAA